AUACAAGCUCGGCCUCUUGUGCGUUCGUCGUAGCUCGUCACCCAAUAGUCAGGAUAGUUACUUUUCAACAAUCAAUCGAUUCAUGGCUGUAUCUGACAGCCGGCGCCGCAUAGGUAUGCCGAUCGUAGCGUUACUAUAUCUGCUCGGGAUCUUAGUCGCCAGAACAGCGAGCGCGGAUUUGGCGAGCUUAACGAACGUCGCGUGCCCUCCGUUACAAUGCGACGUCACACAGAAAGGCGUGCUCCGGAACCAUCCGAAUCGUGGCAAUCUCAAUGACGUGGAGCUCAGCGGCGGGAGUCGCACGUCAGCCGCGUGCAGCGAGAUUUGCGCCUCCACUCCUGACUGCGACGUGUGGAUGUUCCGACUCAUAUCCAUUGGAGCUUUCUGCAAAAUGUGGACGGCAGAGCAGAGCCCGUGCCGCCCAGACGCAUCCGGCAAGGUCAUGUACGAUCCGAUCCCGCGAAUCGAGGGAUUCUUCGGAUUCGGCGGAAAUUGCAUUUCCGGCGACACCGCGACAAUCGCAGUCGCCGACGACUCGGCGACGGUCUCUGCGACCCUGGGUCAUGCGACGGCUUCGCCCACGCAGGACGGCGCGGUCGGCGAUUCCGAUGGCGGCGACGAGCCGUGCGACGAUGACUUGGCGGACGACUCUGCCACAGCCGCGGCGGAAGAAAGCGCGAGCGCCGUCGGAAGCGGGGAGAAAGGAGAAAGCCUAGAUGUUACCGUUGCGGUGGGAGUGACUGUAGUAGCACCUGGGAACGUUUCGGAUCCAAAGUCGCUUGAGAUUACCCCCGCAAUGGCGGGGCCGUCCGCGCAAGAGGGGGAGAGCGUGGGGACGUUCCGGGUGGCGGCGGCAGUUGGCGCGCGGCUGAGGGGGCAGAAGCAGUCGGAGCUGGCGGUUCCGGGGUUUGGCGCGGGCGAAGAGGGGAAAGAUGCGGGGGGAGAUGAUUCCGGGGAGGCGGAAAACAGCUCCCCGUUGCCGCCUGUGAGCGCGCCUUUAUCCCCUGCUCGACAGGGGAAUGGCUCCCUGGCAGUGACAGCGCAGGCCGAACCAGACAGGACAGUCGGGGGGGCGGAAGGGGAAGGGGCGCUUACUGCAUCCGCAGCGGAGGGGGAGGCGGGAGUGGCGGAAGGGGGGGAUGCAUUGAAGUGGCACGAAGGCCCCACGGCGCAGUGCCCUGAGUUCCGCUGCAAUUGGCCUCGGACCGGCUUCUUCUUUGAUCACUCUGGCAAGGGCCACCAGGCGGUGAUCGUCACUCCCUACACCAACCGCCCGUUCGAGUGCUGGCGCAUCUGCCGCCGCACGGAGCACUGCGCGUUUUGGAUGUUUGAAAUGAAGAAAAUCCAAGGCCGAUGCAAGCUGUGGCGGGCGGAGCAGAGCCCGUGUGAGCCUGCUAACCCGGCAGAUGUCACCUCCACCACAUACCAACAACGGGCGGACGGGCUGUUUGUGGUGGGCGGUAACUGCAAAGGAGGUGUUGAGACAAUUGCCACAUAGGGGGGCCUAAGGUGAAGUGGUGCAUAUACCAUGGCACCCAUAAUAAAAGCUGCUAGCGUUCACUGCAGCCUAUCAACUCAAUAAGGUGGACGCUACCAUAUUGCUUUCCUUCUAGACCUAUUGUUAUCGUGCUAAUGUGUAUGCUUGUUUUAGCUGAAU